UAAGAAAUAGAGAGCAUAGAGCAGCAGUGGUUACCGAAAUGCUACCGGUUCUGUGAUGUUUCAAUGAAAAUAAAAAUACGAAAUAGUCCAGUAAAUUUAAAGUCAAAUAAAAGGUCGUAACGAGAAGGAAAAUUCUGCGAACAAUUAUCGUGCCCAAACCAAAGAAGCGAAUCCGUGCUUUUUUUUCGUUUACACGGUGCGUUCAAACCGCAAAAUAUUCCUUGGGGCUCGUUUUCCCCUUCCCCAUCUCUACCAUCAAUCUCGCGUACGCUGUGCACGAAAGUUGACUGAUAAAUCAGCCGGCCAUCCGAAAAUACACAGAAGUCGCAAUCAUGGCCAGUGUUUCGUAUCAAAUUGCCAAUCUGCUGGAAAAGAUGACCUCCAGCGACAAAGACUUCAGAUUCAUGGCGACUAACGAUCUCAUGAGUGAGCUACAAAAAGACAGCAUCAAACUUGAUGAUGACUCGGAGAGAAAAGUUGUUAAGAUGUUGCUACGCUUACUCGAAGACAAAAAUGGGGAAGUUCAGAAUCUUGCUGUUAAAUGUUUGGGUCCGCUAGUUAAUAAGGUGAAGGAGUAUCAGGUUGAGACAAUAGUGGAUGCCUUGUGUACGAAUAUGGUCUCGCACAAAGAACAGCUGAGGGACAUAUCGAGUAUAGGCCUAAAAACAGUUAUUUCCGAGCUCCCUCUGGGAUCAAGCGAUUUGGCAGAAAAUGUAUGCAAAAGGAUAACUGGACGAUUGAGCACUGCAAUUGAAAAGCAAGAAGACGUAUCUGUGCAACUCGAAGCUUUGGACAUCGUGGCAGAUUUGCUCUCACGAUUUGGUUCGUUACUUGUAACGUUUCAUCCGAUGAUAUUAACGGCUCUGUUGCCGCAACUGUCGUCGCCACGGCAGGCUGUUCGCAAGCGUACAAUCGUAGCACUGAGUCACCUUUUGACAUCGAGUAACAAUUAUUUGUACAAGAAGCUAUUGGAUCAUUUGUUGGAGGGUUUGACAACGCAGAAAGUGAAGAACGUAAUUCGCACUUACAUUCAGUGCAUCGCGGCGAUAUGCCGACAGGCCGGUCACCGUUUUGGCGAGCAAAUCGAGCGUGUAAUGCCGCUAAUAGUUCAAUACAGUAACGAGGAUGACGACGAGCUACGAGAGUAUUGUUUGCAAGCGUUCGAAGCGUUCGUUCAUCGUUGUCCAAAAGAAAUAACACCUCACAUAAACAAAAUCAUAGAGAUUUGUUUGUUAUACAUAACGUACGAUCCGAACUACAAUUACGACGACGACAUAAACGACGGUUUGGACAACGACGGUAUAGUAAUGGAGACGGAGGAGGACGGUGACGAGGACGCCGAGGAUGAGUAUUCGGACGACGAUGAUAUGAGCUGGAAAGUACGUCGCGCUGCAGCUAAAUGUCUCGAAGCUGUUGUCUCGAGUAGACGUGAAUUACUCUCGGAGCUUUACAAAGUCGUGUCACCAGCUUUGAUCGCUAGAUUCAAAGAACGCGAGGAAAACGUUAAAUCCGAUAUUUUUCACGCUUAUAUCGCACUCCUGAGACAAACGAGAACGUCUUCCGGAGUAGCCCUCGAUCCAGAUUCAAUGGAAGAUGAAGAAGGACCGAUAUCGUUGCUCCAACAACAAGUUCCCUUAAUCGUCAAAGCUGUACAUCGCCAAAUGAAAGAGAAAAGCAUUAAAACUCGACAAGACUGUUUCUCCUUGCUGAAAGAGCUCGUGACCGUUUUACCUGGUGCAUUGACAAAUCACAUUCCAGCUUUGAUACCCGGAAUCCAGUACAGCCUUGGGGACAAGAAUUCUUCUUCGAACAUGAAGAUCGACACACUAGCAUUUAUUCAUACUUUACUCGUAACCCAUCCGCCGGAAGCAUUUCACGCUCACAUGUCGGUCAUAGCGCCACCGAUAAUAGCCGCCGUAGGCGAUCCUUUCUACAAAAUAACCGCGGAGGCUCUCCUCGUGCUGCAACAACUGGUGCAAGUAAUAAGGCCUCACAACGGGCCUAUCGAUCCAAAUUUCGCUGCUCUACCAGCUCAGAUUUAUCAGUGUACGUUGUUGCGUUUGAAAACUGCCGACAUUGAUCAAGAAGUCAAGGAGCGGGCUAUCGCUUGUAUGGGACAGAUAUUGGCGCAUUUGGGUGACAGCCUUUACGAAGAAUUCCCCGUUUGUCUGCCGAUUUUCCUCGACCGAUUGCGCAACGAAAUAACGAGAUUAACCACUGUCAAGGCACUCACUUGCAUUGCCGCCUCGCCUUUGGUCGUCGAUCUCGAACCUAUAAUGGAAGAAGCAAUACCGAUUCUCGGUUCUUUUUUGCGAAAAAAUCAACGCGCUUUGAAACUCUGCUCGUUGACCCUCCUCGAUACCCUCGUGCGAUCAUUCAGUUCAGCUCUCCAUGCCGAUAUGCUUGACAAAGUUACCGAAGAACUGCCGGCUCUGCUCAACGAAUCCGAUCUUCACAUCGCCCAAUUAACUCUGACACUGCUCACGACCAUCGCCAAAUUACAUCCAGCCGCUUUGACCAAUAUUUCUGAAAAUAUAUUGCCAGAAAUUUUCGUCCUCGUUAAAUCUUCGCUGCUCCAAGGCGCCGCACUGAAUUCCAUGCUCGAAUUCUUUCAGGCCCUCGUUCAAGCCGGCAUACCCGAUCUCGGUUACCGAGAGCUACUUUCGUUGCUCGUUGCUCCUGUAACCCAACAGAAUGUUCUUCACAAGCAGGCCUAUCAUUCCCUAGCCAAAUGCGCAGCUGCGAUCACGAUAACGUGGCACCAAGAAGCCCACAACGUCGUUGAACAGUUCAUCAAAGACGUUCAAAGUCCUCAAAGCGACUCGCAACAUAUUUUCGCUCUUUUGGUCAUCGGUGAAAUCGGCCGACACGUCGAUCUCAGUGGCAUACCAUCCCUCAAACACGUCAUACUCAACUCCUUCUCGUCACACUCCGAAGAAGUUAAGUCAGCCGCUAGUUACACACUUGGCAGUAUCGCCGUUGGAAAUUUGCCUGAAUAUCUACCUUUCAUACUCAAAGAAAUCGAGGCACAACCCAAAAGACAGUAUCUCGUUUUACACUCCCUCAAAGAGAUCAUCACUUGCCAAUCGAGCAGUCCUUCCGGUGUCUCGCAUCUCCAAAACUUCAUCCCUGCCAUCUGGAUGCUCCUCUAUAUGCACGCCGAAUGCACCGAAGAAGGCACUCGCAAUGUCGUUGCCGAAUGUCUUGGAAAAUUAACUCUCAUUGAUCCAGCUACUCUUCUGCCGAGGCUUCAACAGUCCCUGAAAUCGCCAUCACCCCUCAUGAGAACUACCACUGUCACCGCGGUUAAAUUCACAAUAUCCGAUCAGCCCCAACCAAUCGACGCCAUGUUAAAACAAUGUAUGGGAAGUUUCCUAGCUGCUCUCGAGGACCCUGACCUCAACGUAAGAAGGGUAGCUCUCGUUGCAUUUAAUUCAGCAGCUCAUAACAAACCUAUGCUGAUCAGAGAUCUUCUUGACUCCGUACUACCACAACUUUACACCGAGACUCGUACAAAGAGAGAAUUAAUCAGAGAAGUGGAAAUGGGACCUUUCAAACACACGGUCGACGAUGGCCUCGAUCUGCGAAAAGCUGCCUUUGAGUGUAUGUACACACUCCUCGAUUCCUGCCUCGACAGGCUCGAUGUCUUCAAAUUUUUGAACCACGUGGAAAAUGGUCUGCGAGAUCAUUACGACAUUAAAAUGCUGACGUAUCUUAUGACAGCACGACUUGCACAGUUGUGUCCCACAGCUGUAUUACAGAGGCUGGAAAGACUGGUCGAACCCUUGAAAAACACGUGCACGAUGAAAGUAAAAGCGAACUCAGUUAAACAGGAAUACGAAAAACAAGACGAACUCAAACGUUCCGCGCUCAGAGCUGUUGCAGCUUUGUUGACGAUACCGGAAGCAGAUAAAAACCGAUCGUUGAGCGAAUUCGUGGCGCAGAUCAAAGCCACGCCGGAGCUACAGCCACUCUUCGAGGUUAUUCAGAAAGAUUGCCCGGGCAGUAAUAUAAAUGAAACGAAUAUAAUGGAUCAAAGCUAAAGAUAAUAAAACAACGGAGGAGUAAUUGCACGUAACGAAACACGCGAGAGUCAUAUAUUCCGGUACGCGGUCGAGCCUCCAUCCGUCAUAAAUGUUUUUUCUCGUCUGCCGCACAUAACUUAUCGUCCCGCUUUUUCGAGGACCGGAACAACGAGCGAAUCCGCGAGUUUCUCUUUUCAAACCCGCUAAUGGUGACUACAAAAUGAAAAGAUGCUGUGAUGACGCCUCCAGAAAUAGCAAAUGAGCUAAAACUUGUGAAAAAUUAUAAAAAUUCCUGAGAUUUUUUACGUCCUCCGAUCCGUCGAUAUUUCGCAGGGAAACUGAAAUUCGUUAAAUUAUAAAAACAUUCACGUUUUACACACCGUUUCGAUACUGCGCAAAAAGGAAAAAAACAUCGCAAUACUGCACGAGACAAGAACGACGCUUGUGUAAAAUAAAAUAAAAAUCCAAACUAAAA